GUCCGGCUCCCGCCUACCAGCCGCCGCGCGGAGCUCCGGGACGCGGGCUCCCGGUUGGCACGGCCCCCGGCACCCCCGCCAGGCACCAUGGACUGGAAGACGCUCCAGGCCCUCCUGAGCGGCGUGAACAAGUACUCCACGGCGUUCGGGCGCAUCUGGCUGUCGGUGGUGUUUGUCUUCCGCGUGCUGGUGUACGUGGUGGCCGCAGAGCGCGUGUGGGGGGACGAGCAGAAGGACUUUGACUGCAACACCAAGCAGCCGGGCUGCACCAAUGUCUGCUACGACAACUUCUUCCCCAUUUCCAACAUCCGCCUCUGGGCCCUGCAGCUCAUCUUCGUCACGUGCCCCUCGCUGCUGGUCAUCCUGCACGUGGCCUACCGUGAGGAGCGCGAGCGCCGCCACCGCCAGAAGCACGGCGACCAGUGCGCCAGGCUGUACGCCAACGCCGGCAAGAAGCACGGCGGCCUGUGGUGGACCUACCUGUUCAGCCUCAUCUUCAAGCUAGCCAUCGAGUUCCUGUUCCUGUACGUGCUGCACACUCUGUGGCACGGCUUCGGCAUGCCGCGGCUGGUGCAGUGCGCCAACGUCGCACCCUGCCCCAACGUCGUGGACUGCUACAUCGCCCGGCCCACCGAGAAGAAGGUCUUCACCUACUUCAUGGUCGGGGCCUCGGCAGUCUGCAUUGUGCUCACCAUCUGCGAGAUCUGCUACCUCAUCUUCCACAGGGUCCUGCGGGGCAUGGCCAAGAACAAGUCCCCCAAAAGCCGCAGCCUCCCAUCCUCCACCAGCCGAGCCUCCACCUGCCGCUGCCACCACAAGCUGGUGGAGGCCGGGGAGCUGGGCUCCGACUCUGGUGAUGACAAGGGGCACGCGUCAGCGCCCACCAUGACCCCCAUCUGACCACAGGCUGGGGAGCAGCCCUGGGGCUACCAGGGGGUCAGGUGGGGCAGUACU